GUGCUCUGCUCUGCAGGGCGGUGGCAGCAACCCCCGGCCGGCCCCCGGCUGCUCCGAGUCCAAUGGGCUCCGGGGCGGCGGCGGCUGCCCCCUCCCCGUGCCUCCCGCCCUAUAUAGCGCCCGGGCGGCGCCGCUGCCCCAUCCGUCGGGCUGCCUGCGAGCAGCCCCUGUUGCCGAACCGUGCUGAGCCGUGCCCGGAGGAUGCCGUGCCGAAACGGGUGGCGGCUGGCGCUGCUUGCCCUCUGCCUGGGGGUGGCAGCGGGAGGGGGCGCAGGGCAGCGGCGGGGAGGGAAGAGCCGGAGGCAGGCGCAGACCCCCACCGUGCCCCAAGCCAGCCCAGCGCAGGGCAAGCAGACCUGUUUUGACAAUGGAAGGUACUAUCAGAUAAACCAGCAGUGGGAGCGCAUCUACCUGGGGAACACACUGGUCUGUACCUGCUAUGGCGGGAGCAGAGGGUUUAACUGCGAAAGUAAGCCUGAACCUGAAGAGACUUGCUUUGAUAAAUACACUGGAUCCACUUACCGAGUAGGGGAGACAUAUGAGCGCCCCAAGGACUCCAUGAUCUGGGACUGUACUUGCAUUGGAGCUGGACGUGGGAGAAUCAGCUGCACCAUUGCCAAUCGCUGCCAUGAGGGCGGCCAGUCCUACAAGAUCGGCGAUACCUGGCGUCGCCCCCACGAGACGGGUGGCUACAUGCUGGAGUGCGUGUGCCUGGGCAAUGGCAAGGGCGAGUGGACCUGCAAGCCCGUGGCUGAGCGAUGCUACGACAAUACGGCCGGGACAUCCUACGUGGUGGGUGAGACCUGGGAGAAGCCCUACCAAGGAUGGAUGAUGGUGGACUGCACCUGUCUUGGGGAGGGCAGCGGCCGCAUCACCUGCACCUCCAGAAACAGGUGCAAUGACCAAGACACCAAGACUUCCUACAGAAUCGGAGACACCUGGAGCAAGAAGGAUAACCGUGGAAACUUGCUUCAGUGCAUCUGUACUGGUAAUGGCAGAGGUGAAUGGAAGUGUGAAAGACACACAUCCCUGCAUACAACUAGCACUGGUUCUGGCUCUCCUAGCUUCACAAACGUACAGACUGCGUUGUACCAGCCCCAGCCUCAACAGCCCCAGCCUCAGCCAUAUGGCCAGUGCAUAACUGAUAACGGAGUGGUGUACUCAGUGGGUAUGCAGUGGCUCAAGACGCAGGGCAGCCAGCAAAUGCUUUGUACCUGCCUGGGCAACGGAGUCAGCUGCCAAGAAAUAGCUGUGACCCAAACAUAUGGUGGCAAUUCCGAUGGAGAAGCCUGUGUUCUGCCUUUCACCUACAAUGGAAGGACUUUCUACUCCUGCACAACUGAAGGCCGCACAGAUGGACACCUCUGGUGCAGCACCACUUCCAACUUUGAGCAGGACAGGAGAUACUCCUUCUGUACUGAGCAGAAUGUUUUGGUCCAGACUCGUGGUGGCAAUUCCAAUGGUGCUCUGUGCCACUUCCCCUUCCUGUACAACAACCGCAACUACACUGACUGUACUUCUGAGGGACGGAGAGACAACAUGAAGUGGUGUGGAACCACUGAGAACUAUGAUGCUGACCAGAAAUUUGGUUUCUGCCCAAUGGCUGCCCAUGAAGAAAUCUGCACUACCAAUGAUGGUGUCAUGUACCGUGUUGGGGACCAGUGGGACAAACAGCAUGACUUGGGCCACAUGAUGAGAUGUACCUGUGUAGGCAAUGGCCGUGGAGAGUGGACUUGCAUUGCGUACUCCCAGCUCAGAGACCAGUGCAUUGUGGACGGUAUCACCUAUGAUGUGAACCAGACAUUCCACAAGCGUCACGAUGAGGGGCACAUGCUGAACUGCACGUGCUUUGGCCAGGGUCGGGGGAGAUGGAAAUGUGAUCCUGUUGAUCAGUGCCAGGAUUCAGAAACCCGUACCUUUUACCAAAUCGGAGAUUCGUGGGAGAAGUACGUCCAUGGCAUCAGAUACCAGUGCUAUUGUUAUGGUCGUGGUAUUGGAGAGUGGCAUUGCCAGCCCCUGCAGGCCUAUGCUGGGGCAACUGGUCCUGUUCAGGUGAUUAUUACAGAGAGUACAAAUCAGCCAAACUCCCAUCCUAUCCAAUGGAAUGCUCCAAAAACAUCUCACAUCAGCAAGUACAUCCUGCGCUGGAGACCGAAAAACUCUGGAAAGCACUGGAAGGAAGCCACCAUUCCUGGUCACCUGAACUCCUACACCAUCUCAGGCCUGAAGCCUGGUGUGAUUUAUGAAGGACAGCUCAUCAGUGUUCAGCAGCAUGGCCCCAAGGAAGUCACGCGCUUUGAUUUUACCACAACUAGUACCACAGCGGUGACAAGCAACACUGUUUCAGGAGAGACAACUCUUCUUCCUCCAAUGGUUGCUACUUCUGAGUCAGUCACUGAAAUCACAGCCAGCAGCUUUGUUGUCUCCUGGGUUUCUGCAUCUGACACAGUUUCUGGAUUCCGCGUUGAGUAUGAGCUGAGCGAGGAGGGAGAUGAGCCACAGUAUCUUGAUCUUCCAAGUACAGCCACUUCUGUCAACAUCCCCGACUUGCUUCCCGGUCGCAAGUAUAUUGUUAACGUCUAUCAGAUCUCUGAAGAAGGAGAACAGAAUCUGAUCCUGUCUACUUCACAGACUACAGCUCCUGAUGCACCUCCUGAUCACACCGUGGAAAGCGUAGAUGACACAUCAAUUGUCAUUAGCUGGAGCAGACCACAGGCUCCAAUCACAGGCUACAGAAUUAUCUACACACCCUCUGUGGAAGGCAGCAGCACGGAGCUUAACCUGCCCGACACUGCUACUUCUGUAACCCUCAGUGACUUGAUGCCAGGUGUUCAGUACAACAUCAGCAUCUACGCAGUGGAAGAAAAUCAGGAGAGUACUCCUGUCUUCAUCCAACAGGAAACCACAGGCGUCCCACGCACAGACGAAGUUCCUUCACCCCGAGAUCUGCAGUUCGUGGAAGUUUCUGAUGUCAAGGUCACCAUCAUGUGGACGCCACCACAGAGCCAAGUGUCUGGCUAUCGGGUGGAAGCAAUCCCCGUCAAUCGCCCUGGCCAGCAUGGCCAGAGGCUGCCCAUUACCAGAAGCUCUUUUGCUGAAGUUGUUGACCUGAUCCCAGGAACAACCUAUCUCUUUAAGAUCUUUGCCGUGAGCCAUGGCAGGGAGAGCAAACCUUUGACUGGAGAGCAAACCACCAAACUUGAUGCCCCAACCAACCUGAGAUUCCUCAAUACCACGGAGCACUCGGUGCUAGUGUUGUGGACGCGGCCCCGUGCUGUGAUCACAGGAUACCGGCUGACUGCAGGUCCCACGAGAGGAGGCCAGCCACGGACCUACAACGUGGGACCUUCUGCCAUGAAGUACCUUCUCAGGAACCUGCAGCCCGGCACUGAGUACACAGUGUACCUCGUGGCAGUUAAAGAAGACUUGCAAAGCGCAAGAGAGACUGGAGUCUUCACGACUUAUCAGCCUGUUGGCUCUGUUCCUCCUUUCAACACAGAAGUGACUGAGACUUCUAUUGUCAUCACCUGGACACCUGCCCCAAGGAUUGGUUUCAAGCUGGGUGUGCGCCCAAGCCAAGGUGGAGAGGCUCCCCGGGAGGUCAUCUCUGAUUCUGGCAGCAUCGUGAUAUCUGGCCUGACCCCAGGAGUGGAGUACACCUACAGCCUCACCGUCCUGAUGGACGGCCAGGAGAGAGAGACUCCCAUCAUCAGGAGAGUGAUUACACCCCUGUCUCCACCAACCAACCUGCGCCUGGAGCCCAAUCCCGAUACUGGAAUCCUGAUAGUCUCCUGGGACAGAAGCACAACUCCAGGAAUUAGUGGCUACCGAGUGACCACUGCUCCUACCGACGGGCAGCAGGGCUCCACCUUGGAGGAAGUGGUAGGUGCAGAUCAGACUACCUGCACCUUCGAAAACCUCAACCCGGGUGUGGAGUACAACGUCAGUGUUUACUCAGUCAAGGACGAGCAGGAGAGCAUCCCCAUCUCCAAAACCAUCACGCAAGAGGUGCCCCAACUCACUGACCUAAGCUUUGUUGACAUAACUGACUCAAGCAUCGGCCUGAGGUGGACCCCGUUAAAUGCCUCCACCAUUAUUGGGUACCGCAUCACAGUAGUUGCGGCAGGAGAAAGUGUCCCUAUUUUUGAAGAUUUUGUGGACUCCUCAGUAGGAUACUACACAGUCACAGGCUUGGAGCCGGGCAUUGAUUACGACAUCAGUGUAAUCACACUCAUUAAUGGCGGAGAGAGCGCCCCUACCACUCUGACACAGCAAACGGCUGUGCCUCCUCCCACUGAUCUCCGCUUCACUAAUGUGGGGCCUGAUACUAUGAGAGUGACAUGGACUGCACCAACUUCCAUCGUGCUGAGCAGCUUCUUGGUGCGCUACUCACCUGUGAAGAAGGACGAAGAUGUUGCAGAGCUGACGAUUUCACCCUCUGACAACAUGGUGAUCUUAACAAAUCUGCUCCCUGGUACUGAAUAUCUUGUGAGAGUCUACAGUGUUUCUGAGCAACAUGAGAGUGCACCUUUGUCUGGAAUCCAGAAAACAGGUCUCGAUUCCCCCACUGGCCUUGACUUCUCGGAUAUAACUGCCAACUCUUUCACCGUCCACUGGAUUGCUCCUCGUGCCACCAUCACCGGCUACAGAAUCCGGUAUCACCCAGAGCAUGGUCCCAGCAAGCCCAAGGAGGACCGCGUGCCCCCCUCACGGAACUCCAUCACUCUUACCAGCCUGCUCCCAGGGACCGAGUAUGUGGUCAGCAUCAUUGCCAUCAACGGCAGGGAGGAGAGCGUGCCCUUGGUCGGCCAGCAAACAACAGUGUCUGACGUUCCAAGGGACCUGGAAGUUACCCCCACCAGCCCAACCAGCCUUGUGAUCUCCUGGGAUGCUCCUGCAGUGACAGUCAGAUACUACCGGAUCACUUAUGGUGAAACAGGUGGAAGCAGCCCUGUACAGGAGUUUACAGUGCCUGGCACCGUGUCCACUGCUACCAUCACUGGCCUCAAACCUGGCGUGGACUACACUAUCACCGUGUAUGCUGUAACUGGUCGUGGAGACAGCCCUGCCAGCAGCAAGCCAGUUACUGUCACCUACAAAACAGAAAUAGACACACCAUCCCAGAUGCAAGUUACUGAUGUCCAGGACAACAGUAUCAGCAUCAGAUGGCUCCCUUCAACAUCCCCAGUCACAGGAUAUCGGGUGACAGCUGUCCCCAAGAAAGGCCAUGGACCCACAAAAACGAAAAAUGUCCCUCCAGAUCAAACACAAGUCACUAUUGAAGGUCUGCAGCCCACAGUUGAGUACAUGGUCAGUGUCUACGCUCAGAAUCAGAACGGAGAGAGCCUCCCCUUGGUGGAGACAGCUGUCACCAACAUUGACCGCCCUAAAGGACUAACAUUCACUGAGGUGGAUGUUGAUUCCAUCAAAAUUGCUUGGGAAAGCCCGCAGGGGCAAGUCACCAGGUACAGGGUGACCUACUCAAGCCCUGAGGAUGGAAUCCAUGAGCUAUUGCCGGCCCCAGGUGGCGAAGAAGACACUGCUGAGCUGCAUGGCCUCAGGCCAGGUUCUGAGUACACUAUCAAUAUCGUUGCCAUAUACGAUGACAUGGAGAGCCUGCCCCUCACUGGGACCCAGUCCACAGCAAUCCCACCUCCAACAAACCUGCAGUUUACUCAGGUAACUCCCACCAGUCUUACUGUCAACUGGAAUGCACCAAAUGUUCGUCUAACUGGCUACAGAGUCAGAGUGAACCCCAAAGAGAAGACUGGUCCUAUGAAAGAAAUCAACCUUUCUCCGGACAGUACAUCUGCCGUUGUGUCUGGAUUAAUGGUGGCAACCAAGUAUGAAGUGAGUGUGUAUGCACUGAAGGACUCUCUGACCAGCCGACCUGCCCAGGGGGUGGUGACCACUCUUGAAAAUGUUAGUCCCCCUCGCAGGGCCCGUGUGACAGAUGCCACAGAGACAACCAUCACCAUUACCUGGAGAACCAAGACCGAGACAAUCACUGGCUUCCAAAUCGAUGCCAUCCCAGCAAGUGGCCAGAACCCCAUCCAGAGGACCAUCAGCCCUGAUGUCAGGGCCUACACUAUCACUGGCUUGCAACCUGGCACUGACUACAAGAUCUACCUUUACACUCUGAACGAGAAUGCACGCAGCUCCCCGGUAGUGAUUGAUGCGUCCACUGCUAUCGAUGCUCCUUCCAACCUGCGCUUCCUUACAACCACAAGCAACUCCCUCCUGGCUACCUGGCAGCCUCCCCGAGCCAAAAUCACAGGCUAUAUCAUUAGGUACGAGAAACCUGGCUCACCACCCAAGGAGCUUCUGCCUCGCCCUCGGCCCAGCACCACCGAGGCCACUAUUACAGGUUUGGAACCAGGAACUGAAUACAUCAUCUACAUCAUUGCUGUGAAGAACAAUCAAAAGAGUGAACCGCUGAUUGGCAGAAAAAGGACAGAUGAGCUUCCCACGUUGAUUACCAGACCACACCCCAACCAGCCCGACAUUCUCGACGUACCUUCCAUUGACGAGGGGACCCCCUACCUCACAAACAAUAGGUAUGACAAUGGAAAUGGUAUCCAACUUCCAGGCACUUCAGGGCACCCACAGACAAUAGGACACCAGGGACAGCAAGUCUUUUUUGAAGAGCACGGCUACAGGCGGCCUGUACCCACCACAGCAACUCCGCUCAGGCCGGGGUCGAGACGGCAGCCGCCGAAUGUGGACGAAGCCAUCGAAAUCCCCGGGUACCAAGUGCCUAUCAUAGUCGAACCUUCCUACCCUCACUCCCGUGGGCCCAGGCGCAAUGACACCACGGGGCAGGAGGCUCUUUCUCAGACCACCAUCUCUUGGAGGCCGUUGCUGGAGAGCACUGAGUACAUCAUCUCAUGUCAGCCCGUCAGCCAGGACGAGGACACUUUGCAGUUCAGGGUCCCUGGCACUUCCUCCAGUGCUACGCUCACCGGCCUUACGAGAGGGGCCACCUACAACAUCAUAGUGGAAGCCCUGAAAGAUCACCGGAGACAAAAGGUGCUGGAGGAGGUAGUCACGGUUGGCAAUACUGUGUCUGAAGGACUCAACCAGCCAGCUGACGACACCUGCUACGAUACUUUCACUGGCUCCUUCUAUUCCAUUGGCGAGGAGUGGGAGCGGUUAUCUGAAACUGGCUUUAAACUCUGGUGCCAGUGCUUAGGCUUUGGCAGUGGUCAUUUCAGAUGCGAUUCUUCUAAGUGGUGCCACGAUAACGGUGUGAACUACAAGAUUGGGGAGAAGUGGGACCGGCAGGGGGAGAAUGGCCAGAUGAUGAGCUGCACCUGCCUUGGAAAUGGGAAAGGAGAAUUCAAGUGUGAACCUCAUGAGACCACCUGCUACGAUGAUGGGAAAAUGUACCAAGUUGGAGAGCAGUGGCAGAAGGAGUACUUCGGGGCCAUCUGUUCCUGCACUUGUUACGGAGGACAGCAGGGCUGGCGUUGUGACAACUGCCGCCGGCCCAGCGUGGAGGUGGCCCCCGAAGGCUCAGCUGGCCAUACCUACACACAGUUCACACAGAGAUACCACCAGGCCACAAACACUGAAGAAGACAAUUAUUCUGAUCUGGAGUAACAGUGCCUUGAAACAAGAUGGAGCAAACAUCUCAAUGAAGCAUGAAGAGACUAUUUGUAGAGCAGUUUGUUAAUUAAAGGCUUCCAGCUGCAUCCCCCCUGUCCCAGUAGAGCGCAGAGAGCCUCUGAGUAUGUAUGCCAUGCUGCAGGGGGCAGCUUUGGGGGAAUAGGUGGAGGAGAGAGAAAAGGGGGGAGGGAAAAUAAAAUAAUUCCUGCUUUAGCCAAGAACUGAGGCGAAGGAGAUGGGCCUCAGUCCAGCCAGACCCUUAAAUACCUAAAAUCAAGAACGUUCUCAAGGGUUUGAGCUGCCACAAGGGCUGAGGCCAUGCUCACCCCAGGUCAAAAUUGAUGCUGGGUCACUGAGCCCCUGCUCCAAGCCUCCCCCUAAAGAUGGGGGAAGACCACACUUUACCUGUCCCUGUAGUGGAGGAUAACUUACCUGUGACCAGCUGAAGGGUUUAUAUUACAGUCUAUCAUACCAUUCCUUUAAAUCUCAGCUACUGUAGCUGCAUUUGCAUUGUGGUAAAUCCAAAUAAAAAUCCAGAGCUGAGGUUGUUUAGUUACAACUGAGCAUGCCCUCAGACACUGCUGUAACUGAAGUCACAGAAACCCUUCAGUUAGUAACCUCUGCAGAAAGCCUCAAAACCUCUGCAGAAAGCCUCAAAAACUGGGAGCCAGACCUCACCUACGUCGGUGCUUGUUCAAGUCUACUGUGGUAUUGGGGGAGGGCUCAUUAAAAUUCCCUCAAAAGCCCUUUUAAAAACAAAGCCAGUCUUGAUUACAAUGCACAAAAUUAGCAAUAAGUCCCUUUGUUGCCAGCUUUGCAGAAACCCAUAGAACAUUUGCAAAUGUAGAGCAUUAGUAAAGGUUCUUGUCGUGCUUC